UCGGUCGAAUAGGGCACCGAACUUCGCAAUUUCCUGAGUCCUAAUUUUUCUGCGUCUUUCUUUCUCCUAUCUCUCUACCAGUUCAUCUCACGCGCGGCAGAAGCAGAAGGAGACGCGACCCUUCGUAUAGUGCAAGGGCGCGGGUAGUCGCGGCUUGCAGGGUAGCCGAGCGGCCACCUGAGUGCCGCAGCUCGCAAUUCGAAGCUCCGGAGCGAUUUCGGUAGGGGCAACGGGCACUGAGGAGAGUAGCCAGGUGACUUGUAUAGUUUUUUGCUCCAUAAUUGGGUGCCUGUACAGUCUUUCUGGUUUUUAUUGUUUCUAUCUUCCAAAUGGGGUCCGACGAUUUUAUUAAACUGGAUUCACCUAGUAAUUCUGACGAUCAAGCUCAUGGGAAUGGUUGCCACGAACCAGAGACACAAGAAAGCAGUUUUUCUAUUUUUAAGGAGAAGGUUGAUGAUGUUAAUCAUAUUGAGACAGAAGGUUUUACUGAUGGUAGCAAUAUUGAGGCACAUAUUAUGAAUGUUGAAGAGGAAGGCUGUCAGCUUGUACUCGACAUGGACCUUGAAGACGAUGAUGUUUUGUCGAAGCGAGCAAUUCUACAAGAAAAUGUUCAGUUUAGUGAUUCUUUUAGCACAUUGGAAAGGGUGGAUGUAUCUGAAUCUAAAUUUUCUACUAAUAUUAUUUCCACAAGUUCAGUCAGCCAUACCACAAUGACCAAGUUGGUGGUUGAUGAAAGCCUGAUAGCUGUAGCAGGUUUUAAAAGAGCCCGGACAACUUGUGAUGAUCAACAUCCAUCUGUACGUGUAGUUUAUAACUGCUUGACAAGAGAAAGCAAAAAAAAACUUAUGGAACUUAUGCAGCAGUGGUCCCAAUGGCAGACAAAACACCAGUCAUCCUGCAAUGUGCCUGAAAAUGUUGCAUUGGAAUCCGGAGAAGAUACAUACUAUGCAGCAUUGAAUGUCGGUUCAGGGAGGACUAAUGCAGUGUCAUUUUGGCUUGAUAGCCAAGGUAUAAAGGAAAAUAUUGGCGAUCCUGUGAAAUUGGACGGUGAUAUGGUGCCUUUAUAUGACCGGGGAUUUUCAUUGGGCUUGACUACACUUGAUGGAUCUACCAUCACUGAAAGUGGAGUGCAGGCAUUAGAUGCUUCUCGUUGCUUCAAUUGUGGCUCUUAUAGUCAUUCAGUGAAGGAGUGCCCAAAGCCACGUGAUAAUGUUGCCAUCAGUAAUGCUCGCAAACAGCAUGGUUCAAAGCGCAACCAAAAUGCUAGCUCUCGCAGCCAAAACCGAUAUUACCAGAAAACUUCUGGGAAGUUUGAUGAUUUAAAAGCUGGAGUGCUGGGGCCUGAAACAAGGGAAUGCUUGGGUAUUGGGGAACUUGAUCCGCCGCCAUGGUUGCACCGUAUGCGUCAGUUGGGGUAUCCACCUGGAUAUCUUGAUGAAGUUGAGGAAGAUCGGCCUUCUGGAAUCGUAAUUUUCGCUGACGAGGAGGUAGAUGCAGAAUGCGAGGAAGGAGAACUUCCUGAUAGGGCUGAUCCAACGCCAUCAAAAAAGAGGAUGACAGUGGAAUUCCCGGGGAUUAAUGCCCCCAUUCCUGAGAAUGCAGAUAACUGGGUUUGGGCCACUUCACGCAGCUCGCAUAACCAAAACUCUCAUACCGACUCGAACCAAAGCCACCGAGGUAGCCAUCGUGAUCGGAUCGAAUCCACAGAUUGGCGAGACGACGGGCCACCCGGUUCGGCGCACGGGCUUGCUGCUUUCUCGAGGGCUGCCUACUCGCCCAGGUUCAGCUCUCGGGACCAUAAUUCUACUCCGAGCCCGCAUUUGGGAAGGUCUCUCUCUGACCGAAGUUGGCCCAGCCCGACGCUCUAUGGAAACUCCCCAAUUCAUAGCCCUCACAGCUCAAAUCCUUACUCGAGUCAUAACUGGCAGUCGCCUCAACAUCAUGGCCUAGCUACCUAUAUGGACCACCGGAGCUACGAAAAUUUGCAUCGGUCAAACUAUGAUGCGAGGGAACGAGAUCAACACAGGCACGAGCACCACCGGCAUCAUCCAAGGAGGUAAAGUGUGAUGUGCUAUUUUAGUUCUAGUAAUGGAAACUUUGUGUUUGUGCUCUA